AUGGGGUGUCACCUUACCUUUGCCACAGGUGUCGGCCAGAGUCUGGCCUGUGAGGGCCUCAAUGCAGGGGAGGUGAUCAAGAUCCAGGAUGCUUUCUAUGGGCGCCAGACUCCCCAUUAUUGCAUCCAGGAUGCUGGGAACCCCUCAGACCUGGAGGAGGAAUGCAGCUGGGUCAGCAUCAAGGACGAAGUGGCAGGCCUGAAGCUGACGGUGUGCAAUGAGAGUUUCAUCUUUGACAACGUCACCAUCUCCCUUAUGUGGCUCCUCUCUCCCUACAUUGGAAACCUGUCCUGUAUAAUUAAUAUGGGGGAUGGCCACACUUUCGAUCCCUACUACCCCACAAGUUUGUCCAGCAGCGUUUUCCACCAGUUCACAGCCCCUGGGGAAUUCACUGUGUUUGUCGAGUGUACAACCAGCGAGUGGAACGUGAUAGCUCAGAAGCAAGUGAUGAUAUGAGACAAGAUGGAGAGGCUCUGUGUGACUGGGUGUUCUGGCCUGUCCACAUCAGGAACCAACCCUCUCUGCUGGGCAGUCUUCAGGGACCCCCUGUGGAUUCCGGUGGAGCUUGAUGGAGGAACAGGGGUGACUUACACUGUGCUGUCAGGUAACACAACUCUGGCUGAGUUCACCACGCAGAGGGGCCCGCUCCCCUACAGUCUGACCCUGGAUGCAGCAGUCCAGCAACGGAUGGGCCCAGGGAUGCACCACUUGGAGAUCCGAGCCGCCAGCAACACCGCCACCUCUGCCCCCUCCAGAAACAUCACCAUCCACGUCGUGGAGCCCCUGUCAGGCCUGUAGGCCUCCUGGGCUUCUGGCAACUUGGAGCUUGGACAGGACCUACUGGUCAAUGUCUCGGCGGCUCACGGUACCCCGGAGAGGCUGACCUUUGAGGUGGCAGGACUCAAUGCAACCUUCUCCCAUGAGAAAGAGAGCCUUGGGGGGCCAUGUGGGACUUACCACGUGGCAGUUCCUCUUGAAGGCACCUUUCUGGUCACUGUGCUGGUGAGGAAUGCCUUCUCAAACUUGAGUUUGAAAAUUGGAAGCAUCACGGUCACAGCUCCUUUCAAUCUCCAAGAACCACCUGGAACAAAGGCUCAGGAAAAGAAUAGAGAUAGAGGGGAUGUGGAGCUGUGCGUGGAACCCGGUCAGUAUUUGGAUCCUUUCACGACAGUGACUCUGGGCUGGCCAGACAGUAACAAGGACUUUCGCUUCCAGUGGGCAUGUGGGCACUGCUGGGCUCAGUGGAGCGACUGUGUUGAGAGGCAGCUGCUCCGCACAGACCAGAGGGAGCUGGUAGUGCCACCGUCCUGCCUGCCGACGCCUGACUCUGCUGUUACCCUGCUGGCAGUCUGGAGAGGCCGGGAGGUGGAGAACCUGGAGAAGCAGUGCCUCUGUGUGUCUGCCCCCCUGGAACUCAGGCCGCGAGUCAGGUGGGAGCACCAGAGCAAACGCCUGCAGGGCUGCCAUUUGGCCAACACGUCAGAGGGCGUAACCUCUCUGUCUGUGGGGUCAGUGCCUGCGGUCAGCGUCGCCUUGGGGGGCAUGCAGAAGGUGCAGGAGCUGGCCGAGGCACUGAAAGAGCUGACCCGCCGCAGUGAGGAGCCCACGCCCUCGGCCCGGCGGGAGGCCAGCAGGGCUCUGCAGCACGCCAGUGAGGCCCUGUUGGCAGUGAGUGCCGAGGCCCAUCCUGAGGACCAGAGGCACCAGGAGGCCACCGGAGACCUGUUCCAGGCUGUGGGCAGCGUGCUGGAAGCUUCCCUGAGGGACAGACCAGAAAAGCCUGCAGGGGCCAAUGGCAGCCAGGUAGCCACAGUGCCCCAGCUGCCAGGAGCUGUGGGGCACAGGUAGGCCGCCGUCCUGCGGGGGGGACUGCCCUGGGACCUUCCAGCCACGCUGGCCGCCCCCUGCAUCUCCGUGUACACAAACAGAAUACAGCCCCGGAGCUAGCGAGGCUCCCCUGUGCACGUUGCCGCUGCCAGCUCUGCGACCUUCACCCUGCCCGCUGCCCCCUCCCUUGGCUCCACGGAGGACGGUAGGGUGCCUGUGGACAUAAGGAUGAUGAGUUUCCCAGAGAACCCAUUCCCAGCCUGAAGUCACUUGGAUGUCAGCGGAACUGUUGGUGGCCUCUCUCUGACCAGCCCUAGUGGACAGCUCAUCCCUGUGAAGAAUCUGUCGGAAGAUAUCGAGAUCCUGCUGCCUCCACUUUCAGGAGGACACAGCGAGCCAACUGUGUUGAACCUGACCAGACCUGAAGCUCUGUGGGUGAACCUGACUUCAAGGGGUGUGGCUUUGGGGAUCCAGCUGCACUGGAGACCUGACAUCCCACUCAUGCUCAGCCUGGGCUACGGCUACCACCCCAGCGUGACCAGCGACGACGCCCAAGCUCACCUCCUGCCAAUGGCUGUUCCAGAUGGGCUGUCCACAUGGAUCCUGAGCCCAGAGGACCUGCAUUUUGGAGAAGGCAUCUACUAUCUGUCUGUGAUCCCCCAGUCUGACCUGGAGCCGGCCCCCGGCAGGGACUUCACAGUUGGCAUCACCACCUUCCUGUCCCAUUGUGUGUUCUGGGAUGAGGUCCAGGGGACUUGGGACAACUCCACGUGCCAGGUGGGGCCACAGACCACCCGCUCCCAGAUACACUGCCUCUGCAACCACCUCACCUUCUUUGGAAGCACGCUCCUGGUCAUGCCCAAUGCCGUGGACGUCCGCCAGACCGCUGAGCUCUUUGCCACCUUCGAGGACAGCUCUGUGGUCAUGACCACUGUGGGCUGCCUGUGUGUGGCCUACGUGCUGGUGGUGAUCUGGGCAAGGAGGAAGGAUGCUCAGGAUCAGGCCAAGGUGAAGGUCACAGUGCUGGAGGACAAUGACCCCUUUGCCCAGUACCACCACCUGGUGACAGUUUAUACCGGACACCGGAGGGGGGAAGCCACUUCCUCAAAGGUACCUGACCUGCAAGACACCUCGGUUGAUCAGCAUGUCCCACUCAGCAAAGCGCCUGCCAUGUGGGUCCCUUCCAGGUACGUAAGCCGGGUGCUGGUGCAUGACCUGGCAAUGGACCAGAAGUGGUACUUCCUCUGCAACUCGUGGCUGUCCAUCAAUGUCGGAGACUGUGUCCUUGACAAGGUAUUUCCAGUGGCCACAGAGCAGGACAGGAAACAAUUCAGCCACCUGUUUUUCAUGAAGACUUCCACAGGCCUCCAGGAUGGCCACAUUUGGUACUCCAUCUUCAGCAGCUCAGCUUGGAGCAACUUCCCCCAUGCCCACCAGGUGUCCUGCUGCUUCUCACUGUUCCUCUGCACCAUACUGACCACCAUCAUGUUCUGGGGUGUCCCCAAGGACCCAGCUGAGCAAAAGAUGGACUUGGCUAAAAUCGAAUUCACUUGGCAGGAAGUGAUGAUUGGGCUGGAGAGCUCACUCCUCAUGUUUCCCAUCAACCUCCUGAUUGUUCAGAUUGUUUGGAACACCCAUCCUUGGGUAACCAAGGAGCAGAAUGCUGGGAAACGGGAUGGGGGGCCCCUCAGCCUGGCCCCCUCACCGCAGCCUGUGGAGGAUGGUCUUCUGACACCUGAAGCAGUGACCAAGGAUUUGUGGAGACUCGUCAGCUCCUUGUUCAAAGCUCUGAAGGUGCCACCCCCUUGCUCGGGCUGGGACUUCGCGAACUCAGUGGACAUCAACCAACUGCUGGCCUCGGUGGAAGACGUCGUCUGUCAGCAGAACAAAGCAGGGCAGGUGUUCUGGAAGGAAGCCAGCCAGCCAGGGAGCCCUUUAACACUCACUCUUGGGUUUGUACACGUGAAAAAAAAAAUGCAGUGCCCCAGGCCUGAGGUGGGCCCAAGUGCCUACAGGCAGUGUCUCUACCUUCAGCUGGAGCACCUAGAGCAAGAGCUGCUGUUGCUGGAGCCCCAGGGCUUUUCCCAGGGCCAGAGCCACACCCAGGCACUGGGGCAGCUACAGACCCUGAAGGGCUGCCUGGGUGGACAGCCCGGAACCCCGCCUCCAGCACACUCGAGCUCCCUGCAGGCGAGCAAGCCCCCUCGAGGCCUCCCCUGGUGGUGUGUCCUGGUGGGCUGGCUCCUGGUGGCAGCCACCAGCGGAGUGGCAGCCUUCUUCACCAUGCUCUAUGGCCUGCACUACGGGCGGGCCAGCCCCCUCAAGUGGCUCAUCUCCAUGGCCGUCUCCUUCGUGGAGAGUGUGUUUGUCACCCAGCCCCUGAAGGUGCUGGGGUUCGCUGCUUUCUUUGCGCUGGCGUUGAAGACAGUGGAGGAUGAGGAGGAGCCUGUGGCCCCCCUCCUGGGAUGCGUCUCUGGCCCAGACCCCUCUGCCUUGUUCCGAGCACGAAGAAACAGCAGAAGGGACAUCUACCAGAAGCCUCUGGCCUCUGACGUUGAGAAAAUGAAAACCACCCACCUCAAGGAACAGAAAACACUUGCCUUAAUCUGAGAAAUCUUGGCGCACCUGGGCUCCCUGUGGAUGCUGCUGCUGGUGGCCUAUGGGCAGGGGGACCCCAGCGCCUACCACUUCAACAGACACCUUGGGCACAGCUUCACCCGAGGCUUUUCAGCCGUGCUGGACUUUCAGGACUUCUUCACAUGGGCCAACACCACCCUCAUGAGCAACCUGGACAGUCAUCACCCAGACUUUAUCACUGAUGGGGACUCCAAGCUGGUGGGCAGUGCCCAGAUUUUCCAAGUGAGGGUCCAGGAAAGCUCUUGCGCUCUUGCCCUGCAGCUGCAGGCUUCUCUUGAUGGAUGCCGUGUGCCAUAUUCCCUGGAUGUUGAAGAACUGUCAGACUAUGGGGAAGGCUGGAAUGCCUCCAUCCUCAAUAACAGCAAUGACUUUUGCCAGGCUUGGCAGUACCAGAGCCAGAGCCAGCGCCGAGGGUAUCCCAUCUGGGGCAAACUCACUGUGUACCGGGGAGGAGGUUACGUGGUCCCCUUGGGGACUGAUCGCCAAAGUGCGUCAAGGCAACUGUCGGAGGAAGGAGAGAUUGUCGAUUUGCUACUGAUGAAGAUACUCAGUUUCCUGGGCAUUAAAUGAAGACAGGAGCCUGGAAGCAGCAGUGAGCAGCCUGAGUUGCUGUCAGAGGCCUGGGCCCCUCAACCUGUAUCAGCUGUGCCCCAAAUUUAA